GGGCGAGCUAGUAAGAGUCUUGAAUAUAUUCUCUCUGACUCAAGAAGUGAGAGUUGAAGAUCGACUGUGACAAUGGAGACACGCAGGAUCCUCAUGAGGAGUUUAGCUGUUGCAGUGAUCAUUACAUCUGUGAUCUGGACUACAACAGCUGAAGAUCAAAAAGUGAGGAAACCAUGCUGCACAAAAGUCUCCACAACAGAGGUGACCGAUCCCAUCAUCAGUUUCAGGUUGCAACGUCAAAGUCUUCCAUGUGUGAAGGCCGUCAUCUUUAAGACUAAACGGGGAAGGUUCUGCAGAGAUCCUAGACAACGAUGGGUGAAGGAGAAAGUUAAACACUUUUUCAAAAACACCACGCCAACACCAACAUCAUCUAUUAGUAACUGAGCUCGUGUGGGAGGAUCUUCACAACUGUCAGCUUAUUAUGAAUCAUGUCUAAAAGUAAUGAGAACACAUCUCUAAGAAGUUACAAGUUUCAAAAUUAUUUUUAAAUUUUAAAUAUGAGAAAAAUUACAUUUUUUCUGUUGUAUUUGGAACAUGUUUGUAAUUUACGCAUAUUUCAAUUGAAUAUAUAUAAUAUUUGCAGAAA